AUGCUUUCGUCCUCGCCAAACUAUAGGUCAAGCGCGUCGCAGACGCAAAUCCUUGUCAUGCGGGCAUGUAGCCCUCAUAUCCAGGAACCUAACUAUGCUCUCCAUCUCGAGGUCGCGGAGUAUAUUAAUCAGAAGAAGGCGAAUACCCCCCGCGAAGCGGCGAUGAUGAUAGCCACACUAGUCAAUAACCGCAAUCCCCACAUCGCAAUGCUCGCCCUUGCUCUGCUCGAGACCCUCGUGCAAUCAUGUGGAUACCCUUUCCACCUACAAAUAUCCACGAAGGAGUUUCUCAACGAGCUCGUCCGCCGCUUCCCCGAACGCCCGCCGCCCUUCCCGGGACCGGUCAUGACACGUAUUCUCGAUUUGAUAAACGACUGGAAGGAGGGCAUCGCGUCUGAGUCGCGGUGGAGGGAGGAUCUGGGGAACAUCAGGGACAUGCACCGUCUCCUGACGUUCAAGGGCUAUCGAUUUCGUGACCGACCGCGCCAGCCGCCCAUUGCCUCUGCCUCCGUACGUUCACUCAAAUCUGCAGACGAGCUAGAGGCGGAGGACCGGGAGGCGCAAGAGGCGAAGCUGCAGGAGCUCAUCCGGAGAGGGACACCGCGGGAUCUGGCUGCAGCGCAGGAGCUGAUGAAGACGCUCGCGGGCGCGAACCCCGACGCGAAACCCGACUAUCGCUCACAGGCUCUCACGGAACUCACGAAGCUUGAGAGCAAGGUCAUCCUGCUCAACGAGCUGCUCGACAACGUAGACACCGCACGGGGGGAGCAGUUUGCGCAGGGCGAUGUAUACGAUCAAGUUGCUUCGAUCCUCACGGCGGCACGGCCAAAGAUCCAGGGCUGGAUCUCGAACGCAGAGACGGACGACCCCGAGUCGCUCAACACAUUCCUGCAGAUCAACGACCAACUGAACACCGUGCUGAACCGGUGGGAUUCGUACAAGAAGGGCGACUUCACCGCUGCGGCGAACCCGGUGCCGCCGGAGGUCACGGCGGCCGCGCAGAACGACUCACUCAUUGACUUCGACGAUGCACCCGCGUCUGCACCCGCACAGUCCGCCCGGCAGCAACCUCCCAUGGACGAUCUCGCGAGUCUGUUCGGACCCGGUCCUGCGACGGCGCAGUCGCAGUUCCAGACACAGCCUCCGCAGGCGACGGGCAUGCAGCAGCCGAUAAUGAGCGGGAUGGGUGGCAUGGGCGCUGGGAUGCACAUGGGAACCGGGAUGGGUUCAGGCAUGGGCAUGGGCAUGAGAGGAGGAAUGGGCUUGGGUACGGGCUCACACAUGGGGAUGAGUAUGGGUAUGGGUAUGGGCUCGCAAAGCGGAUCAAGCACACCAAUGGCCGCGCCGACGCCUUCAAAUGGCUUUGCGAACGGCAUGGGCAUCGGUGCGGGCUCGCCGCCGAUGCUCAACCUCGCAUCGCGCCCAGGGGCGGGGUCGCCUGCACAGCUGGGAAGCAUCCGCCUGGGCACGCCCCAGGCACCGUCGACGCCAAACUACUUCGCGGGCGCACAGUCGAUACAGCCUCAACAGACGCACCAGUCGAUGCAUUCUCAGCAGCAGCAACACCAAUCAAGUAUGUUCCAGCAACAGACGGGUACACCAAGCGCGACACCUGCGAACGGGUCGCAGGCACAAGGCGGGAAGGACCCAUUCGCAGACCUGGUGGGGUUGUUCUGA